GAUCCAUAAAAAUCUUGGUUAAACCUCUCUUCUUAGCUCAAAACUCUCAUUCCUUCUUCAGUCGCCUCUUUCUUUCCGCCACCACUAUUGCUUCAUCACACAAGUUAGGAAGAAGAUAAGGCGCCUUCGCAAUAUAUUGCCAUGUCUGUAGAAACUGAUAUGAUAACCACAAGGAAAGUUCCAACGAGGCGGAAGGCCCGUGUUAACAAAAAUGAUAAGGGGAAAAAGGGAGGAGGGAAAGUGUUUCGGGGUAGUGCUGAUAAGAAAGUUAGGGUAGACAAGCAAAUGCAAAAACUAUUUCGUAAAAGGGCGAGACAGUACAACUCAGAUGAGGAGGAGGAGGAGGAGGAGGAGAAAGAGUACGAGAAGCCUGCACAUAAGCGAAAAGCUUCGCCUAUGGAUAGAAGACCUGUUAACAAUGAAGUGGCAGCUUCAGAUGGGAAUUCUAGUGGAGAUGAAGGUGAAAAUGGUUCAGAUGCUGAUGAUGAGGUGAAAGGGGAUUCUGAUGACGAAGGCGAAAAUAUAGAGCCGGGAAUUACAAUGUUCACUGAUGGUUGUAAAGCUUUUAAGAUGGCUUUCAGCACAAUCAUUGGGAAGAAAGUUUCAGACCCUGAAUUGGGCCCUGUUUUGUCAGGGCACAAGGAGCUUGUUGCUAUGAAACUUGCUGAAGAGCUAAGCGAAAGAAAGGCCAAAGGGGAGGCCAAGAAGGACAAACAUAUGGAGCGGGAGAAGGGCCAUGCGAAGCUCGCUGCAUAUUUAGACUCACACGACAAGUUUCUUACAAGUGUUGCUACUAAAGGAGUGAUCAAGUUAUUUACUGCGGUCAGCAAAGCGCAAAAUGCUCAGAAAGGACUAAAUCCAUCAAGGGCUAAAGACGCCAAAGCAAUUGCUAAGCGUAGGAGACAGACAUUCUUAUCAGAAAUACGCAGGAGAAGUUCACAACCAGCUGAAACUUCGUCCAAGGUGGCUGACAAUGAACCUGGAUGGGCUCCAUUACGUGAUAGUUACAUGCUAUCAAAUUCAAAGUUGAAGAACUGGGAUAAAAUGGAGGAUUCAAGUAUGGCACGUGAUACCGGGAAUAUGACUCAAGAGAGUUCUGAUGAUGAAGAUUGAUUUCCAUACGCCAGACCCUAUUUGGUACAUGUAAUAUUUUUAGCUCAGAAAUUCCUUGAGAAUUGGGAAUCUUCAUGUUGUAGGGCCUUCUUGCCCAAGGCAUGCUAAAUUUUUUCCUGUCUGAAUCUUUCUGUUUCAGGUAUUUAUAUCAUAGUUUUAAUCAAUUUUUAGAUGUUUCAGUAAUGAGUUAUAGAUAAAAAGAUUAUAUCAUAGUUUUAAUCAAAUA